UGAAAUGAUUGAUUCUGCAAGUAAAACUUGUGAAUUCUGAAAUUGAAAUAGACCAAUUCCUCAAAAAUGUUGGUGAAUUUCUCGGCAGUUUCAGAUGAAAAAUGAAACAAAUACGACGGAUGUAUUGUAAAUGUCAUUUAUUCAGUCAUUACUAUCAAUCUAGCGAGUAAAACAACAAAAAGCAACUUCAAAAGCUCCGUGUCAAGAAAUAGAGCUGCCAAAACCAUAUGAACAUAGAUGGAACUAUAGAACUCUGGCUAAUAAGAUAUACAACUGACAAACAAGACCAAUUUUGAUACCAAGAACUUUCACAAAAUGACAACUCGAAGUGGGAAUAUCUUUCUGUACCACCCAGUACAACAUUCUACCAAUGACCUAACCUCCACUGAUGGUACCAUGCCUUCAUCUAACAAGAGAAGAUUGAACAUACAAGCAGAACUUUUAACCAAAAAGGAGGGCAAAAUGUACAUCCAUGAAAUUGCAAAGAUUGAAGAUGGUGCUUUUGCUAACAAGAUGAAACUUCAAGAGGGUGACGCUUUGUGUGAAUUCAUGGGAGUGCCACUGAAGUUUUUCAGUCAUGAGAAUUUGAUGAAUACACUGAAAAACUUCAACCAAACGCAACUAGAUAUUCUCGUUUACAGAAAAACCAUCAACAGAGAAGAUCCAGUGUUUGAAAUUAACGAGAAGUAUAUACAACUUAAGAUUACAAUUCAAGCUACAGCUAGUGGCGAUGUUGAAGUGGAAAAAGUAGAAGAGGUGAAUAGGACUAACCAAAUGAUUAUCACUUUUGAUUACAUAGAUGGGAUUGAGUUCAAUGGCCCAAUCCAGAUUGAGCUGAAGCACAUCAAAACUGGAAAGUUUAUGAAGAUUGAUGGGGACAAUGUCUGGCUGGCUCCAAAUCGUAAAAAAGAUGAAGCGUCUUUCCAAUUCAUGUGUUUGACAUUCAGCGGUAUGGAUGAGCCUGAUGGUGAGGUCAUGAGAAUUAUGAUGCUUUAUCAAAAGGAGAUUUUCCUGCGACUUCAGGAAAACUACAAAGAAAUCCCAACUCCAUCUGUUACAUUAAUUGAGAGCAAACCACCCCCUAAAGAUGCCCAUCGUGUGGACGAAGAUCCGCGGCUUUUCAUUGUUAAAUCAAUAGAGGGUGAUGCUGGAAGAGUGCGAUUGGCCUCUUUUAUGAAUAAAGAUCUCUACCUGUCGUGUGAUCCAAAUUGCAUUGAACAAGACCAAAGCAAAGUGUGUUUCAGGAGACUUUCUAAUACAAUGGAAGAUGAAUUCACAGUAUUUCAGCUAUUCGAUCUUGAUAUCAGAAAUGAGAUUAAUUAAAUUGGUUAACUGGACAUAAUAUAACCCAUAAAUGACAUGUCCUAUGAUAUCAAAAUGAACACAUUAGACAUCAUAACAUGACAAAGGCCACCAGUAGCAAUGACAAACAUUAUAGCAAUUUGUCAUCAACAUCAAUGCAAACACCGGACCCGUAGCCAGGGGGGUUCAGGGUUAAAAAUUCUUUCAAAAUCAUGCA